UCGCUGCCGUGCAGUCCGAUGGCUGCCGGGGGCCACCCGUGGCGGCCGAUGGGGCUCGAGUCGGUAGGAGGACACGGAGCAGAGCUGGGCGCCGAGGCUCUCGUGCCGGCGCUGAUUGUGCUGAUAGUAUGUCUGGCGGUUAUAGCGGCCAAUGUGGUCAUCAUCGCCACGAUUGUCUCCAUGUCAGGUCCGAAGGAGGUCAUCAAGUACUACCUCCUGUCCCUCGCCGCGUCAGACCUGCUCGCCGGCUGCGUGGUGGCUCCGCUCAGCGUGUACCCCGCGCUCGUGCACCAGUGGGUGUACGGCGCACACGUCUGUCGGCUCAUGGGGUACCUCAAGGUUACGCUCUGGGCGUCCCAGGCCUACACUCUGAUGUGGAUCGGCGUGGACCGGUAUCUGGCCAUCGUCAAACCGCUCCGAUAUGACACCAUUCAGACUAAGGUGCGCUGCCAGUGCUGGGUGGCCGUCUCCUGGCUCUCGGCUAUGGUGCUCUGCUGUCCUCCAGUACUCGGGCUCAGCUCCCCUCUGUACGACGCCGGCGCGUACAUCUGCCUGGCCGACUGGAGUGACAUGCUCGGUUACUCGGCCACGGUCGCCAUGAUGGUGCUCGGUCCUCCAGUCAUCACCUCCAGCUACACAUACGGCUUCAUCUUCCACAUGGCCGCCCGCGUGCGCACCAGCUACGCCCAGACCCUGGACAAGGAGUACCUGAGCGCCGUGGUGGAGAACCUGGCCAACCCCGACAUCGUCAUGACGUUUGUACUCACCGUGCUGUUCUGGCUCUCCUGGUUACCCUACAUCGGUCUGAGGCUGUUCGAGUUUGCUGCCGGCGCGCCGGUGGACGCCCCGUUUCUGCAUUUCUCUCUGUUCUGGAUGGGAAUGCUGAACUCGGUGUGGAAGCUGCUGGUGUACCUGGUGGCCAGUGAGGAUUUCCGCCGCGGGCUGAGGUCGCUGUGUCGCAGCCUCUGCUGCCUCUGCCGGCGCUCGGCGUCCCCGGUACCCGUCUGAGAUUACGGACAGGAGCAGGUGCUGCCAUCUAGCCUAACACGGCGCUGCCACAUGCAGUGCAGUUGACGAAACAACGAUCCAUCGAUCAACUUAUUUAGCCACAUAACUACUCCAUUCCUAUUCGAAACGCUCACGUCAAGCGUCGUAAUAUUUGAUCGAUUUUGCCCUGAAGAUCUUUUUUCAUGAUACACUUUCAGAUAUGAAGAGAGAUCAUUUCAAAAAUACUCACCAUGCGAAUGAAGUCAUUCACCGACCAGAAGUAUUUAUAGCGCGUUUAUAUGGAAACUAGUUCCGGCUAAAUAUAUAGUCGGUUCAAAGCUCUAGGCAGCAGUAUUUUCACCAAGUGCAUUUCACUCUUUUGCGCUAGGACUGAGACUCGAAUUCGAGUCUCGUUCCUGACGCUUCUUUGGCUGUACGUUUUAUAUCUAGUCGUUUACUAGUCGCAGUAGGGUCGAUAUAAUAAUCCUAGAGACUAGGACGGUAGCGGUAGCGCAGGCAUUUGUACGUAAUGAUUUUUUAUGGAGUGUCCCUCAUGUUCAGUUGCAUUGAGCUGUGUGGCGAGGUGCCCAAUGUUUAAUGUUAGAGCGCUAUGCUGGUUAUCGGGUAAUAUUGUUACGAUCUAUAGGCCCAGAGUGAGACAUAUGCAAAAGGCGUACUUGUUUGACCUACGUUGAUUUCACGGCGACGUGACUGUAGUCAACCUCUUUCGUUAUAACAUCUGUAUAAACUCAUCGGCCAGGUGCUUUUCAUAUGUCGACGAUCGAUGGAAAAGUGAUCGCUGACAUGAAAACGCGCAUGAUUUCGAUACAAUAAAAGAUUAAGCCACUUAAAAUAUUCACAGCACGGUACUACGACACCACGAAGUGUAUGCAAUUGUUAUCUUCUACAUCGAAUAAGUGGGUCGAAAGUUUACUCAUAUUUAAGGCGUCCGUUUUCGUUCUUAAUGUGAAUGGCAUAUUGUAUACUACGCUCGUCCUUCAUUUACUUUGAUAUCUGGUCCGUUGCCCCAUAAUUAUUCUCGGCUGUCGAUCGAAAUAUCGUUUCGUUUGUAAGAAGAGUGCUAUUGCUCAGAGAUGCAAUAGGAACUUGCUGAUUCUCACAAAUCCUGCAGUUAACUGCGUUCUUCGGGCAAAAAGAGACCAAACAGUACAUACCCCGAUCUCUGUGGUUGCUGUUGCCGGGAUAAUUGAACGGAAAUGUAUAAAUAUGACCGUCUUAUUUCGUAGGUCAUGAUCGGAAUGGAGGAACGCUCAUAGAUGUAUGAUGUUCAAUGUACGCGCUUGUUACAUUCAGCUCAGUAGUUGAGAAUAGGAGUAAUCAUGGUUGAUGUAUGAUUGAUGUUAACUGUGAUUCAGUGAGAAGGGAGGGGAAGAAGGGAUGACCAAGUGUUGGGUAUGCUAUCGUUUUGCGUGUACAUAAAAAGCGAGGGACGCUUAGAAUGCAAGCAUGGCUCUGUCUUAUUUUGUCUGCAUUUUGCCAGGAAUUGAAUUAAAGCACUCUGGGAUUAAAAUUGUAUAACAUUUUUAUCCCGGGUAUUAUUGAGCGAUAAAGAAGUGACAAAUGUAUACGAAGCUGGGUCAAACUGAACUAAAAAGCAAUGCAGUAAUUUAUGGAUUCUUCACUGUUUUAGGAAUGCACUAAUGAAGUGAUUACUUGACCUUAAUACCAAAGAAAGGAUCAUAUGUCUGUCGAUGUGUGAGUGUACGAGUGAUCUGCGCCUGUUUGCGAUGUGUGCGAGUGAGACGCUUGGCCUGAACUUAAUGUGGACCAGCUGCAUUACAAUUCGACCAUAUAACUAGUAUUACCAGAAAGGGAAGGGACGAAGCGAUGAGGCAUCAGGCCCGUAGCGUUCUACCAUUCACUGUUUGUCGUUUGCCGCUACAUAGGCCUGUCACUAACGACGGCAGCUUUUACGCGGACACCGACACUCGUCGGAGCUCCUACGAUGUAAUGCAUAUGCUGAGCUGUUAUAAUUCACGUUAGCAGAUGUUGUCUUUCACCGUAUGCUUUCCCUUAGGGACGAGGGAGAAAUACAUGUUAUUUGAUGUUUA